AUGCUUUCCCUUCACGGGUCCUCUCCUUCAUUAAACUCAUUUUAUCGGAGCAAACUGUGGUCGCAUGCGGCAUCUCAAGUGGAUUUCUGGUACAUUUUGGCCAUAACGCCAAAUUUCUGUGACUGUUCGUUUAUCCGUCUGCUCAGCUCUUUGACUGCCAGGCCUCCAAAGUUGUACUGUUUUAUUCAAAAUGGACAUCACUCACUGACAAUGUCUUUGCUUGAUUGCCGAAAACCCCUUCCCCCCAAUUUAUUCUUCGCGAUCGCUUUUACUCCGGUUAGCGAUGGAUCCUUGAUCCAGGCGUCUCCUUUUUGCUGGUUUUGCUCUAUUCCUGUUAUCUUCGAGAUUGCCUAA